AACUUACUCAUUUCUUCAUCGCUCAUUUGAAUUAUCAAUUUAUCAUGAUCACCGGUUUCUCGUAGAAAAGAGAAUUAUUAUAUAUUAUUAUUAUUAUUUUAAUUAAAUAAUAUUAUUAUUAAUAUUAUGAAGGAAGAGUUUGUUGUGCAAGAAGAGUACGUUUCAGGAGAAGAGAGGAAUCUGACGGUGCUGAAAACUUCACGGUUCUUCGCUGGCGAUGGCUUCACCGUCUACGAUUGCAAGGGCCAACUCGUUUUCCGAGUUGACUCUUACGGUCCUGAUGCACGUGACAAGGAUGAGCUCGUCCUCAUGGAUCCACAAGGUCGAUGUCUUCUCACCGUAAAACGAAAGAGGCCGAGUCUUCAUCAACGAUGGGAAGGUUUCAAAGGAGAAAGAAUCGACGGCGAUAAAGCAUUGUUAAGUAUGAAGAGAACAUCUUUAAUCGGACGCUCACGAGCGAGUGUUAUAGUGGAGGUAUACGAUAAGCCCGGUGUGGAGUAUCACAUCGAAGGGUGCUUUUCGCAGCGAUGUUGCAAGAUCUAUAACGCAGCGAAGAAAUUAAUGGCUGAGAUUCGUCGAAAGGUGGACUCCACGACAAGUGUUAUGCUUGGGAAAGAAGUCUUCUCGCUUUGCGUGAAGCCUGGAUUUGAUGGUGCACUUGCCAUGGGAUUGGUCUUGGUCCUUGAUCAGAUCAACGGGACUGAUGAAAUACAACUUCAGAGAUUCAACCACUAUUUUUUAAAUGUUAGGAAUGAAAUUGAACGACAAUUACAAUCUCAAUGUCUAAAUUGGGCUUUAUUCCCAUUUUCAAGUGACUUCAAUUAAAUCAAUAAUAUAGUUUACGUUGUGUUUUUUUUCAUUGGUAUCCUGAUAAUAUAAAUGUAUAUUUAGAAUUUGAUUUGUGCUUUAGUUAAAUAAAUUGUUGUCUCCCCUUUUAUCUCCUUUUCCUCCCCAGGUACAAAAAGUUUGGAUGACAUAUGAAGGAGCUUGUGAGAGGAGAUAUA